CAUAUGAAAAAAAAGUUUAUUUCUAUUAUAUGCAGUCUAAUCUAAGGGAAAAUUGAACAUUUGUGUGUGUAGAGAAUGUCCUCUAGAAUUUAAGAAGAAAGAACUUUUUUUAUCAUCUAGGAAUGAAAUACUAAGACCUGAAGAAAUAACGGAUUUUUGUGAUUUACAAUGGCAUCAUACAAGAUUCUGGACAACAACUCCUCUACCUGGGCUACAACAAGCAUCACUUCAAGAAAGAAAUAUGAACAAAUGGAAAAAUUGGAAAGGGCAAGCUUGAUUUGCCGAAAUGCCAUAGACAGCUAUAAUGCUUCAUUUAACAAUUUGUAUUGUGAGCCUAUUUGGGAUCAGAUUAUGUGCUGGGAAGCAACGCGAGCAGGAACAAUUGCCAAGAAACAUUGCCCAGCCUAUAUAGAGGGUCUCAAUACAGACGGUUUUGCUAGACGACAGUGCCUGGAAAAUGGUACUUGGUACAUCCCCCCAGGGAGGAAUAUCAGCUGGACAGAUUUUGGGGAAUGUGUCAGGGAUAACCAGCAAAUUUAUUCAAGUGAUCUACUCGAACACCUUGCACGUAUCAGACUAAUGUACAACAUAGGAUACGGAGUGUCUCUCUGCUCACUGGUUGUGGCCGUGUUUAUCAUGUUAUGCUGCAGGAAAUUGUCCUCCAAGAGCAACACGCUGCACAUCAAUCUGUUCAUUGCCUUUAUUCUGAGAGCGUUUAUGUCUUUUCUGAAGGAGAGUUUGUUUGUGGAGGGAGUAGGUCUCCAGCAAGACAUAGAGGAUGUUAAUGGUGUCUUCCGGUUCCGGGAAGGUGGCACUCAUUGGGAAUGUAAACUUCUUUUCACGCUGUUUGUUUACACCAUAUCAGCCUGUGCCAUGUGGAUAUUUAUGGAGGCUCUAUAUUUGUACAUGAUGGUUUAUAAGACCAUGUUUACAGAAAAACAUGGAGUUCAUCUAUACAUCGUAUUUGGAUGGCUGGGUCCUUUUUCAUUCCUUAUACCCUGGGUGAUUGUUAGAGCUACCCUAGAGGAUUCUUUGUGCUGGAAUACGAAUCCUUCCCCGGAGUAUCUUUGGAUCCUGAGGGGGCCGCUCUUAGGUAUCUACAUAAUAAACUUCAUAUUUUUCGUUGACAUUGUGAGAGUGCUUUUCAUUCGCGUUCAGAAAAAUAAGCGUGUGUCAGGGGCAAGGAAAGUGAGGAAGAUGGCCAAGUUCAUAGUGGUACUGAUUCCACUGUUUGGUGUUUGUUACAUUGUAUUCUCUUUCCUCACUGGUAAUGAUAUAGAUGUACAAAGAGAUAUCCCAUACCUCUACAUAGAAAUGUUCUAUAAUUCCUUCCAAGGUUUUAUACUAGCCAUCUUAUUCUGUUUUCUGAAUGAAGAGGUGUUGCAAGAAAUCCGGAAGGCGUGGUACAAAUACGCUCUACGGCGGAAGGAAAGUUAUGCGUAUUCAAGAUCGGCGUUCCUGACCACGUGGAGAAAGAGUUCCCGCAAUUCUCACACCGUGUCCUCCUUCAUCGACAGGGAGAGAUCCACGGACUGUUCUAACGUUAGUCGACUCCUCCCCAAGGGCAAAAACAACAAUGACUGUGUGUCCCGGUCCUUUACGGACUCGAGUCCUUGUGACUCCGAUGGCGUUCGAUGGUCUUCGAUGAAUUCCGAUGGUCUACGUAGAGAGACGUGUGAGGAGGCUAAUUGUAGAUUCUUAUCUGUUCCUAUCGACAGAGAAAAGACCGAAAGCUGAGUUAUGAAGAUCAUCUACAUUUAGUUGAUCUCAGUCGUGGAAUGCUCACUAUAUUUCUUUCUGCUGAGUCCCAUCUACUAAGGAUCAUACAUGUUAACAGUGUACUAUAACAUGUCUGACAAGGGAUUGAAUAUGGAUAUCAAAUAGAAAAUAACUGUUAAAUGUAUCAAUAAGUAUUUAUUUUAAGUCUGUUUAUGAAAUGCCUUUACAAUUACCGUCUAAUAAUCUUUGGCAUAAUAUAAAAUAUAUAGUUUCUUUAAUUAUUAGCUAUUACUUAAAAGAUAACAUGGCAUACAAAGCUAGAGUGGUUGCAAUAUGAGCUUCCUAAUAGAAGAAUGAUUUUAAAAAUAAAAGUAAAUUCGCCACCGUGUACCUUCCAAAAAACAGGAUGUACAUAGAAACAAUAAAUCACCUUUACCUUAAAUAUUUAAUGUGGAAUGUAUUGAAACAUGGUUUUAAAUGAAUUUACUAUUCCCUACACACUUUACUGUUAAGUAAUAAUAUUCGUAAACAUUUCAACCUACUCAUUCUUAUACAAAUGUAUUUCUGCUACUUAUUACAAAACGAGUCCACUUGGAGAUUUCUGUGAUUUGAAGCAAAUAGGUAACAGAAUAUUUGUACCAUAAGGAACAAUAUUUGUACCAUUAGCUUAUUAAUGAUUAUAAAGAUGAAAGGCACCGGCAGCAAUGAAGCAAGACUCAGAACUCAUACUCGUAUUGCAUCUUAACAUUGUUAUUAUGAAAUAUAUAGGUGUAUAUAUUAUUUCUCAGCAUUGUAGCAACCGCUAAUGAUAAAACACCGCUUAAUGAUAGAAAUAUCAUUAUGCGUUGCAAUGCAACGCUCAAUGUAAUAACUUGUUACAUUAUUCAAUAGUUGACAUCCUCAACCGCUUAAUGAUUCAAUUCAUCUAUUAAGCGGGGAAAUAGCAUUAGCAGUUGAGAAUGUCAACUAUUAAUGCAAUAAUUCAUGGCGUUAAGCGGCGUUUUAUCAUUAGCGGUUGCUACACAUUUCCUCUUUUGUAAAACAAAUUAUACUUUUCACAUUGUAUAUUCAUUGUUGUUAUGAUGUAUAUAUUUAUAAGUCGAGUAAAAUAAAUAUUGAUAAUUUA